GUGCAUGUGUGUACACAAGUCUGUGACGAAUAACGCACAAAGCCGUUGGGCUAAAAGAUGUUUUGCAGACUAAAAGUCUGAAAACGCUGGUAAAAGGCGACGUUUGGGAUUUGUUUCUACAAUUAUACAAGAUUAUGGCGGCGUUUAUUGCCCAUCCAUCUGUGCGGGUCAGGGCUACAGAACACUCCUACGUGCCCGUGCUGUGUCAGGAUGACAAGUGUGCUGGGCGUGAGAAAGGCGUGCACAUGCACUGUCCGCUGUGUACAGUAGCCGAGGCAUACCAGGACCCCGUUAUACUCCGGGCCCACUUCCGCAUCAAACAUGUUGACAAGAGCAUCGACUUUGCUGGCUUGAAAGUGUUGCGUUGCUGUAACCACUGUGAGAUCGUGGGCACCAUUAAAGGAGAGAAGAGGUUUAAAGGAGCACACUGGCACUGCUAUCGCUGUCGGAACGGCUUUAACAGGAGAGACGAGGCUGUGAAGCACUACAAGACACACUUCAGAAACCCACACACCACAUUCCAAAUCCAGGUUACCCAGGAUGUAAAUUGCAGGCAGUACUAUAAAGGUAACCCAGAGGCUAAUGCUAAAGCAUACAGUGGGCUAGCUGUGAGUUUGGGCACUGGAGGCGACACCACUGUUGACGGCUCCAUUGUCACUCCACCAGUCCUCACCACCGGCUCGGUCACCGAGACUACCACCUUACUCACUGUCGAGCCUAAGGAAGAUGGUGAGACUAAUGGCAUGCCACUGGGUGCUGAAGAGGAGGUGGGCUCUUCCCAGCGUACAUCAGCACAAACACAGACUCUGGUUUUAAUGGACCCUGAUGGAAGCACAGGCAACUUGAUCUAUGAUGAAACAACAGGCAUCCUCACUGAGCAGACUGAGGAGAGUUUGGACCUGCAGAAACAUCUCCUGGAGCUCAAUGAACAGAUAGACACAUUACAACAAGAGAAAGAGAGUAUAGAGAAGAGUCUCCGGUCUGAAAUUAAGCAGCUGAAAGAACAGAUUGGAAGUCUGGUUCAGUCUAAUGUGAAGAUGUUUGAGGAGCUGCAGGUGUACCGCUGUCCAGACCACAGCCAGCAGAGACUGGCCAAACUGAUGGACAGUCUGCAGACUCAGCACAAAGAGCUACUACAGGCCCAGCUGGCUUCACUGAGGCAGGAAAUCUUCUCCCAGGCCAGCAGUGUUUCAUUCAAUAGCCACACAGAAGCGCUAGAGCUCAACUCCAGUGAGGACAAAUCGCAGGACCAGGUGGAAGUAGAGGUGCAGGGGAGUAUAGUAGGUGGGAUAACAGGACUGGAGAUCAUAGGGGUUCCACUCCAGCCAGAGCAGGUUGAACUGAGAGGGCAGCUUGUGGAGUUUGGACCUCAGGAAGACGCCCUUUCCAGUCUGGAAAGCCCAAGCUCAGAAACGGCAUUGACCCAGGACCUGGAGGUUAAACAAGAAGUUUCUUUGGUGUCUAGGAAGCGAAGCUCUGAGGAGGAUUGUGUAGGGACAUGCGAAAGCAAAGUAUCGCGUGUUAGUUAAUGCUAACAAGACUUUCACAUUAUUUAAAAAAAAAAAAAAUUGCAGACAUGACUCUUCUCUCUGGUUCUUGGAUACUGAGGCUGUAUUCACAUUUCUUUCAUAACAUUAUCUGAUAGCUACUUUGUCUUCUAUUAAAAGUAUCGUAUCAUUUCAGUCUACCAUCCAUCCAUCCAUCUAAACCACUUCUCUGGCAGAGGAAGCUGGAGCCAAUCCCAGCUGACUUCAGGUGAAAGGUGGGGUGCACCCUUGGCAGGUAGCCAGUCUGUCGCAGCUCUAGCAUAGAUAUGAACUACCAUUCACACCUACGAGCGACUUAGAGUUUACCUAAUCCACACGUCUUUGGACUGUGUGUAUAGGGGAGCACCCAGAGGAAACCCACACAGGAAUGGGGAGAACAUGCAAACUCCACACAGAAAGUCCCCAGUCAGCCGUGAGAUUCGAACCCAGACCCUUCUUACCGUCAGGCGACAGUGCUAACCAUAGAUAUACAUAGAAGACUAGAUGCCUCGUCCCCGUUGCCCGUCAACGAAGUCGAACGUCCGCACAUGGCGGCCAUCUUACCUCAGACAGCUGGCUUACCCAUUACAUUGUGUUGGUAGCGAUAUGUACUUUUCAGAUGACCGUAACUUCCUCAAAUUUUAAUCGAUAUUCAAACGGUUUGGUUUGUUAUAUAAAAAAAAAAAAACGGAAGUAUGUAUUUAUGAUAUUAAUGAUGAAUAAUCAUUUUAUGUUUAAAAAAAAAUACAUGCUGAAAUUCCUAUGCUGUGAGAAGCCUAACACUGCAUACUUAUGGAUAACUGCGGCCUUAGGACAAAUAACCAUACAAUUUAUUUCCAAUUUUUAGUGAAAAUAUUUUUACAUGUGACAGGGCCGUAGGGGAAGCUAAAGUUAAAUAAACAGCUUACUCACUACUCACUAACCCGGCUGCUCAUAUCAGGAACUGUAUUGGACAUUAUUUCACUAAGUAAAUAACGCUACCGAUUAUCCUUAAAAAAAUGAUGUGUUAUCUUACUGGUGAAAGGUGAUCCUGCGUGCCCUACUUUCCAGACAUCGCCGGUUCGAGCAACCGAAAGCCGCGCAGAAGUCUGGCAUCUCGUCACAGUCAGUAAUUUAAUUUCCUCUAGAAAUCAUAAUGUAAGUUGUUUUAAAUUAACCAACCAAAAAUGAAAACCAUGUGCAAGUGCAACUUCAGUUAUUGAAAAUAUUAUCUCAUGACCUUCCAUGUAAAAUUACUUGGUGCUACGAGCUAGCCUAGCAUGAAACACAACUUUGACAAAGCUGCAGUAAGUCGUUUUUGAAGAGAAAAGGUACAAUUUUAGCAUGUUCAAGCACCCAGAAUUACAACCACAUUAAUAAUGUUUUAAGAAAUCAAACCAUUUGUAUAUACGUCAAAAUUUCAGCGAGAUAAGAGUAUAAACAUUUAAGCAUCUCAAUGGUCUUACCUCAGUGUACUGCAAAUUCUGUGGAAAAGCUUGCCUGUGGUAAGAUGGCCGCCCUGUGCGGACGUUCUGGAAUACGCGGUGAGGCAUCUAGUUUUCUAUGUAUAUCUAUGGUGCUAACCACUGUGCUGCUCUACUCAGUACGAAUGUCAUUUUAAAGGUCAUGACAGUAGUUUUAUAUUGGCUUGUACUUCACAUAUUUGUUAGAACAAACACAAUCCAAUCAUGCUAUAAUAUUACAAAUUGUUUUUCUUAACUGUUCGUAAUUAUCAGCAUAUAAAGUCUCUACUUGGCUUUUUCCUUUCUGAUCCAAGUUCUAAAUGUCUACAUUCUGUGAUGUUCAUCAAGAGCUAAUAAGUUUACACUAAUGUUUAAAUGUGUCUGUAAAUGUAUACAGAUGGUCGAUAAAAGCACAGAUUGUUUGUAAACUGAAAACCAACGAGUUGAAUCAAUUAUAUAAAACCAUGCAAUUGAUUCAGUUGUAAAUCAAGCUCUUUGUCCUCAUUCCUUAAUCCAGCACUUGCAUCUGAUCAAAUAUUUGUCUGAAAUUUGCAGCCCCCCCCCGCUUAAAUAUAAUUUAACAUUUCUGCUGUCCACAUUUAAUUGUUUAAUUUUUUUAAUAAAAAAAGAAUAAAAAUAUAAUUAAA